AAGCUCCAUCCCGGUUCCAUCAUGGCCAUCUCCUCGCGCCUCGCGCUCUGGGAGCAGAAGGGAAGUGUUGGUCCUCAUGUCCCCAUGUCCCCGUGCUGCACGUCCCCGUGCUUGCCUUGUCUCCAGGCCUUCCAAAUGGGCAUCACUUUGCAGCCUGAAUUUACUGCUCUGAGCAAUGCCUGUUGUUCGGGUCUCCCUGCAGGGUUGCAUCUCGGGUGCUGCACAGGGCUGGGGCAGCACAGGGCUCUGCACGCUGCAAACAGCUCCAUGCCCCGCAGUGCUGGAGCAGCCAUGCCCUCAGCAGCACGUGGGGCUGUUCUUCUUGCCGCUUGUCCUGCUGCUCUGCAAAGCCCCUCGCCCGGUGCCAACCUGUUGCCCAUGGCCUCCCCGCAUGCUAAGUGAUGCCCAAAAAACAAAGCUUGGCUCAGCUGUUGCGCACAGCCGUGCUGCCAACAUCCCUGCAGUGCUGCUGCGCUGCGCUGGGCUGUGCAUUCCCAUAACCCAACUUCUGCUUCUGCGAACAGAUCCGGGAGGAGGACCGGGGCCCGCCGCCAUCCGCGCCCCCACUACUCCUCUCUGUCAUUCCUGGUGGGUUCAUCAAGCAGCUCGUCCGUGAGACUGAGAAGGAGUCCAAGGAGGCGAGGCUGAAGAAGGCGGCCAAGGCCAGUGGGAAGGAGGAGCCUGUGGUGGAGGACAGUCCAGCCCAGAGCAGGGAUUCCCCAGCUGCCAAAGGAACCGUGGGCAGUGUGGGGAAGUCCUUGCAGAACGGGCUGCAGGCAGGUGGACAGGGGGGCAAGGGGACACCAACACACACAGCACCGCCCCCGGGACGGCUGCACCUAGCUCCGAUCCCAGCAAAGCUCCCACGGUGGCACAGAGCCCUUGGCCAGAGGGUCCUCAGGCAGUAAAGCCACAGAGUCCUGAGAAGAAAAAAGGAGGAGAGGAGAAGAGCCCCAAGGCUGCAUGCCCCGGGGGGAGCCCCCCAUCUGCAGCCCCAGCGAUCAGCAAGGGCCCCCAGCACUGUGGCAAAGUGAAGGAGGGGGACGUGCCCAAGGGGAAGGGUCCUGAGGGCACCAAGAAGGAGAAGGGAGCAGCCCUGAGUGGCCAACAGUCCUCCAGCACAGCAAGCCCCAAGAGGGAGCUGGGACUGGGCAAGAAGGAGCUGGAGAAGAUGAAGAAAGAUGUUGGAGGUAGGAAGAAGGAACCGAAGGAAAUGAAAGAGCCUGCAAAAAGCACAAAAAAGUCAGAGAGCGCCAAGAGGGAAGCAGGAGGCACCCAAGAAAAGCCUGACGGUGUGGCAAAGGGAGUGGGGAAGGCAAAGGGAGAGCCCCAAGAAAGCAAAGAAGCACCACAAGGAGGUGAAGAGGCACUGGCAGAGAGCAAAGCAGCACGUGUGGAGAGUAAAGAGGAGACAGGAGAGAGCGCAGACCAGGAGCAGGCUCCCAAGGACGUGUGGUACGAAGCGGACAAAGUGUGGCUCAUGCAGCAGGAUGGCUUCGUGCUCGCCACGCAGCUGAAACCCGACGUGGGGACACCGGAGCUGCCAGCGGGCAGAGUGCGGGUGCGCCGGGAUGCAGACGGCAGCAUCACCGAGGUGGAUGAGGACAGCGUGCAGCGGACCAACCCUCCCCACCUGGACCUGGCUGAGGACCUGGCCACGCUCCUCAACCUCAAUGAGUGCAGCGCCCUGAACACACUGCAGCAUCGCUACCACUCCCACCUCCCCUACACCUACGCCGGGCCCAGCCUGGUGGCCAUCCGGCCCGGCCCCGACGCCGGCAACCAUGCGGGGAAGGUGUCCAAGGGGAGGCGAGACAGCACAGCACCACAUAUCUGCUCGGUGGCACAGAGAGCCUACAGGACCCUGCUGGCCCAGAGGCGGGACCAGGCCAUCGUGCCCAUGGGGCGCAGCGGUGCAGGGAAGACCACGAGCUGCCAGUUGGCCCUGGAGCACCUGGUGGGCACUGCGGGCAGCAUAGAUGGCCGAGUCUCAGUGGAGAAGAUCCAGGCAAUGUUCACGGUGCUGGGAGCCUUUGGGGCAGUGAGCACUGAGCAGAACAGCAGCUCCACACGCUUCUCCAUGAUCCUCUCUCUGGACUUCAGUGCUUCUGGGCGCAUCGCUGCCGCUCACCUCCAGACCAUGCUGCUGGAGAGGAGCCGUGUCGCCCAGCAGCCCCCUGGGGAGAGCAACUUUAACAUCUUUCCUAUGAUGCUGGCGGGCCUGGAUGUGGCACAGAGGACCACGUUGCACUUGCACCAGGUGGCUGAGAGCAACGCCUUUGGGAUCAAGCCCUUCUCAAAGCCCGAGGAGAAGCAGAAGGCGAGCGCAGCAUUUGCAAAGCUGCAAGCAGCCAUGGGCGUGCUGGGCAUCACAGCAGAGGAGCAGGUGGCCGUGUGGAGAGUGCUGGCUGGCAUCCACCACCUGGGAGCCGCGGGGGCCUGCCGAGUGGGCCGCAAGCAGUUCAUGUACUUUGAGUGGGCGACGCACGCUGCCGAGGUGCUGGGCUGUGAGCUGGAGGAGCUCAGCACCGCCGUCUUCAAGCACCACCUGAAGCAGAUCCUGGCGCAGGCGGCAGCACGGGGCGGCGCGAGGCCCUCCGAAGAGGAGGGACCCUCAGGGCAGAAGAUGACGGGUGUAGAGUGUGUGGAGGGAAUGGCUUCAGGUCUCUACGAAGAGCUCUUUGCUGCGCUCGUCUCCAUGAUCAACAGGUCCUUCUCAUCCCAGCACUUCUCCAUCGCCUCCAUUGCGGUGGUGGACACCCCUGGCUUCCACAACCCGCGGCACCAGGGUGGGCAGCGGGCAGCCACGUUUGAGGAGCUGUGCCACAACUACGUGCAUGAGCGGCUGCAGGGGCUCUUCUAUGAGAGAACCUUUGUCUCGGAGAUGGAGAGGUACAAAGAGGUGAGCGUGGGCGCAUGGGGCUGCCUUGGGCAGAUGCAGUGCCUGUGA